CCAGUGAAUGUUUGCUCGCCGGCUGGCUAACACAGAAAUUUGCAUAAGAGCGGCAUCUAAAAUUGUGUUCUUGUGUCGUUCUUUCUUCAGUGAGAUUGAUUAAUUUGAGUAAAUUAUUCAAAAAUUCAAUUGUACUUUGUUCUGCGAUGUGAGCGUGUGACAAAAAAAUACUCACUACAGUCAAAACUCUAAUCAAAGACUCAUCUUUUUUAAUGUCAAUAAGUCAAAAGCAACUGAAACACGAAUAACAAAAAAAUUGAGCAAAUAAUUGCUAGCUGAGAUUUCGACGGUAUCGUUGAGUGAGCGGAGAGACUUUAUGUUUUUCAUGUGGCUCAACGAACAGCUGGCAAUCUGAAAGCGGGCAAUUAGAUAUUAUACAGUUUGAAAAAUCGAACAGAAUGGAUGAGGAUCACGACGACGACAUAAUAUGAGAUCAGAUGGGGCUGUAAAGCCCCACCAUAAAGCUUUCGUCUCCACUGCUAACGGCAGUCGUAGUAAAGACGCGAAAAUAUACAAAUCCAAUACAAAUGUUAGCGAAUGCAUGUGAGGUAAAUACAACGUUCGUAUCAACCAUUGUUAUCGCUUCAAAUAAACACUGUUGCUGCCGCCGUUUACACAACUGCCGCUUCUGCUGUUGCUGAUGCUUUCGUGAUCGUCGUCGUUAACGUCGUUGUUGUUGCUGCCGCAAAUGUUGCCAUUAUUGCUGAUUAUCGAACAGUCUAUGUUACACCGCGGCCCGGACCGGAUAGUAUUAGCAGAGGGAAACCUAAGAGGCAUACUCGAAACUACAACAGCAACUACUUAAUAAUUACAAUAAUAAUAACAAAAACAAAAAACGAUACACAAUUAAAUACGAUGCACGCCAUUGUUAUGAGCCGUUAGGUGAUCGAAACAAUCGCAAUGCUAUAAAAACAAAAAUAAAAACAAAAACGCGACAAGAAAAACAUUUUAGAAAAUUAUAAAUGUGUAGUUUAUAAAAUUAACGAAAAUACAAUUAACUCUACGAAAGCUUUAACACAAAAUAACGAAAACACCGAUUUUACCGAGGAUACUCGUCGUAAGUGAAAUGGCCAGCAACGUCAAUAAAAUGGAAACGAUUCUGAUCGGUGCAGCAUCGGUGGACCGGCGCCACGACGCCGAUGUAGUUCACGGCCUGUCCGUUUUAGGCAAUUACAAUAACAACGUCACAACAAAGUCCAAUAUUAAAUGUGGUGCGAUCCUGACAUUGCCAUUUCUAACGGUUUUCUGGCUAUCAAUUUGUGGUUUCGCCACUUCGUUAUUCAAUAUGCAAGCGUUCGCCGCGAAAAUGUUGCGUCUGCAAGAAUCGCUAGUACUCUGUGGCCACACAAACAACAAUAAACAUAACGUGAAACCAAGUGGAGGCUCACCGUUAGUGCCAUCGCUGAUGUGGCCACAGUUGCCGGCACGUAAGCCGUUGGCACCACGCCCAGCCUCGGCUGCAGCAGCCACUUUGCUGGUGGGCGGUCGCUUGAGCGCUGGAUCGUCUUCGUCAAGGAUUUCUGCACAGCAACCACGUCUCUCUUUCACCAUUUCGUAUGUGUUCUACGCCAUGUUCAUACUUUUCUUGCUGCCUACAGUGCAUAGCGAUGAUGGUGACAAUUUCUUCUUAGUCAAUACCUUUAGCAUGAGCCCGGAGACUACUACGCCGCCAUUCGAUUAUGCUAGCCGUGGACAAAAGAAGUUUGGCGAUAAGUGCGAUAAUACUUUGGAGUGCGGCUUUCCCGGUUCCAUUUGUGAUGCUAAGAAGAAGUCAUGUCAAUGUACCGAAGAUUUGCCGGUGACAAAUCAUAUUGAUAAAUGUGGAAAAGAGGCUGUCGUGAAUGAGUCAUGUUUCUUCAACGAACAAUGCGAGGUAAAACAUUAUCAGACCGAAUGCCGUGAUGGACGAUGCGCUUGCCGUUAUGAAAUGAUGCCCUUUUGGGGCAAAGAUGGAACUGUUGAAUGCAAGGGACGUGGCGAUAAACGUGGACCAGAGACCUAUAUCGAUCCGGCUAUGAUUGGCGUACUGGUAGGAAUGGCAUUGAUGUUUAUUAUAAUUUGUGUCGUCCUUCGAUUAUUUAGCCAGGCACGUUGGCGUGAGAACCGGACAAUUUUCAACACACCAAAUCCACGUCUCAUGAACGUAUCGCUUUUGCGUGAUAGCAAACUCUUGCACGGCCAGGAGCGACGCGGCUCGCGUAUGUCGGUGCGAGCGCCGUCGCGCCAGCCGAGCAUGGCUUCGCUACGUCCGCAUUCGCCGAAUCCGUCGUUAGGUAAGACAGGGUCACAUUCGGGCAGCGCCAGCGCGAGCAACGCAUCAGCCACGUCUAUACGUUCGACGCGUAGUAAUUCCGUAGCACCAGGCAAUGUGGCUCAUAUCGGGCAGUUGGAGCGCAAGGGCUCACAGUAUCACAAUCAGCAUCCACAUCAGCAUCAACAACAUCACCAACAACAACAACAACAAAUGCCGCUCAUGACCAACAUCACUGCUAAUCCAGCAGCUGAGAGUGUUGCGGUCGAGAUCAUAGUACCGGAAAAGUGAAUAAUUGCAUGAGAGAAAAAAAAAAUAAAUGAAAUAUAUAAAAAAUAUAUAUAAAAUUAUAAUAUUAAAAAAAUAUAUGCUAAUGCAAAAAGAAAAUAGAAAAACAAAAAAAAAAACUAAGCGUUUAUAUACUUAAAUGUAUGUAUGAAAAAAGUAAAAGAAGACAAAUCAAAAUAUGUACUUGUAAGUCGAAGAAACUGCAAGAAUAUUCAAAAUAGAAAAAAAAAAAAACAAAAACAAAAAAUAUGUGCAUAUAUAAAAUGAAAACAGCAGUGAUGGUUAUAAAGCUAAGCACAACUAGUUGACAAGUGCGUAUGCGUGAAUAGCACAAAGAGCAUUUGCUAGAAACUGCAAGAAAGAGAAAUAAAAAAACGAAUAAAAAAUUAAAAAAAAAAUAUUUAAGAUAAUACUUUAUUUUAACAGCAAAUAAUGUCAUACAAAAAAUGAAAUAACGCAAAUACACACCAAAAAAUGCUUUGUUAAAAACGAUAAAAAAAACUUGCAUAACAAAUUCAUAUUUUUAUUUCUUCUUCUUAAAAAAAAUAAAUAAAAUAAAAAUAAAAAUAUACGCGCUUUUAACACCAAAACUAAGAAAUUUAUUACAAAAAUCAUUUAUGUAGCAGUUAAACGUUAUACAUACAUAUGUAUAUAUAUGUAUAUGCACAUAGAAAAAACCAAAGAACUAAAGUGAAACACAGUAAAUUUAAGAAAAUUUAAGUAAAAUAUGCAAAAUGAUUUCAAAAUGAAAUGAAAAAUAGUAAAAGAAAAUAACGCGCGCAAUUUUAAAACGCCGGAAAUUUAAUUAAAUUUAACGAAGUGUUAGCUUUAAUGUCGAGCAAGGAUAGAGAAAAAAUAUGUUUACAAAAAAUAAAAAAAUAAAUUUAAAAAAUAAAUUAAAUUAAUUAUAUAUAUAAUUUCGUAAAAAUCGCAAAGAAAAACAGAAAACAAAAUAUAAUGAAUCUUUCGCUGACAUUCAUCUUCCUAUCCUAGUGAUAUUACAAAUGUAAGCAACACACACACAUACACACUCAAACACUUACAACAACAUUUUUACACAAACUUGCAGAGCUAUCGUACACGCCAAAUUUUUCUAUAUAAUUAAAUAAAAACAAAAAAAAAUAAAUAAAAAAAAAUUAGAUAUACUAUAUACCAUUGCAUGUAUGUACCUUACGAACCGGCGUUAAGCACACAAUACAACAAUAACCACGGUAGUUACAGCAUAAACUAAAUAAAAAACGGUUAUAAAAACAAAAAAUAGAGCAUAAACAAUAGUUAAAAGGAAAUAGAAACACUUAACCAAAAAUAGUACGAAAUCUAGCAAAUUUUUCGGUAAAAUAUUUUACAAAACCAAAAAAAAAAAAUAAAAUAAAACACAACUACGCAAUACAUAUAUACGCUAUUUAUUUUUAAAACAUACGUCUUUUGCGCAAAACGAUUUAUUUUUAAAAUCAAUUUAAAUAUACUUAUAAAAAAAAAUUAUAAAAAAUAAAGUAAAAAAAAUUACUACGCAAGCGCCAUUUGUGCACCUUAAAUAUUUUUACUCUCAAGAAAAAAAAAAAACAAAAAAUCGCGUACAACACUUUUCAACAUUUAGGGACUUUUCAUACAUACAUACAUAUAAGAUGGUAUUCAAAAUUCUAAUAUUCCGUUAGAGCAUAAGACGCAUAUUAAACAUUUCAUAAGCGCAUGCAAGAAAUAGUAAAAUAUUUUCAAAUAGUUUGAACUAGUAGCGUAGUAUUGGAAUUAGUAUAAAAAAUAUUAAAAAAAAUAAAAAAACAAAUUGCGAUUUGUGAUUUAUAGCGCGUUUAGGCCGAAAAAAGAAAACAAUUUCAUUCAACUAGAAACCCACAUAAUAAGGCGGAAUUUUAGAGAAAUUCUUUUAAAAACGUUUGCUUAAUGGCGACUGUCAAAAGCUUUGAGGUUAGGCUAACACAAACUAAGCUCUGCAUAUUUUUAUUUUAUGGAUAAACAUAUAUUAAUAAUAAGCAAUUAAGCGCACAUUCUUUAUAUUUAUAAUUUAUUUAUAUUGAAACAAAUUAUUUUGAAAAAAAAAAUAAUAGCAACUACUUUAACUUGCGAGUGAAAAAUUGGGGAAGAUUUUUUACUCGAAUGUUAAAGCAAAAUUUUUCCAAUUAAAAAAUUGUAAUUUUACAAUACUUCUUGCUCAAUUUACCGUUAUUUGAAACUAGAAAUUUUUUUGAAACACUUAAACUUAAACUUAAAUUAAUUAUUUAUUUUGCGCGCUUAUAUGCUUACAAUUCAUUUCGAUACUUCAUUUCUUAUAAAAAACAUUUCUUAAAAAAAUAUAUACUUAAAACUCUAAUACAUAUAUGUACAUUUAAGCACAUGCAAACAUAUGUCAAUACAUGUCUGUAUGUAUAUUUGCGAUGCCUUUACAUGUAACUAUUAAUCGAACUCGAAUACGUCUAUAUACAUAAUAUUAAGUCAAAGCAGUUUUCAGUUAUUUUCUAAAAAAAAUUACGUAUAAUAUUAAAACAAAAAAAAAAUUGUAAAUACGCAACGAAAUCUCAAUGAACAACACAUUCUUGCGUUUAAUAAGCGCAAUGAGUGGUCCGAAAAACAAUUCCGAUUUUAAAAUUUGGGGAAGAAUUUUAAAAUUGCUUUGUUUUUGGUAGCAACGCCAACAUAUAAACUUAAAUGUACUAAAUAAGCAUGAUAUACAAAAAGCAUUACUAAGCAAGAAAAUAAAAGGAAAUUUAGUAAAGAAAAACAAAAAAAAAAAAACUUAAAAACAACUCUCACAAAUGCGAUUGCCUAGACGUUUUUAAAGUAGUUCAAAAAUCGAUAGCUUUUAAUGCAAAUAUCAAUUGAAAAAAAAUACAA